AAAUAGAAGGGGAACAGCUCUAACAGGAAAUCACUUUGACAACGACAUGACAUGACGGCUGAAGAGACCAGAUGGUGAAGACAAAUCAGGGCAAUGGCAGUAAAAAUGACGUGAGACCAGCUUGAAAAAAUAUUAAGUCUAACACCGAAGAAUUAACAAGUAGCUUGGACUUUUUCACUAUUCCUAGGGCAGGCUUUCCCCUGUUUUACAGAGGAAAUGGACUCAGCGAGGCUCAGCGAUUUGGCUGCCGUCACACUGCAAGUGGGUGGCGCGGCCCGGGGGUGCGGCCUCCCCUUUGUAGUGCCGCAGCACCCCGCCUAUGGCGGGGGUCCGACCCAGGCGGGCGGCGGCGGCACAGCCCCGCAGAGCGCGGCGAGGAAAAGCUGGAGGCUGCAGACGACGCGGCGGGAAAGCAGGGCGGGAAGGAGUUUGGGUCCCGGCGGCUGCCGUAGGCGCGGCGCUCCGGUCUCCACGGCAACGGCGCGAAGCAGCGGGAGGCUUCUGGACCGUGCCGCCGCCACCGCCGAUUGGACCCUGCGCGGCGCGGAAUCCGCGAACUGCCUGCGGCCCCGAGGGUUCAGCUCCUGGACUGCCUGGCGCUGUCCUGCCGCAUGGAUGCCCAAGGCUGUUGCACAGACUGCAGCUCCCCCUGCAGGAAGCAGGGGGCCUCCAGGCCCCAGGACUGUUGCUGGACCUGUGCAGAAGCCUGUGACUUCCCUUUGCCAAGCCCAGCCCACUGCCUGGAUGCGUGCUGCCCCCAGCCUUCGGAAGCUGGCUGGGCCCCUCGCUGCCCUCGCUGCUGCCCUCUCUGCGACUGUGCCUGUGCGUGCCAACUUCCUGACUGCCAGAGCCUCAACUGUCUCUGCUUUGAGAUCAAGCUCCGAUGAAGAGUCAUUGCUGCCCUUUGGGGAGUGGCCAGCCUCCGGGGCACACAUGCCCUCUUCCCUGAGGGGCCUCAGGACACCUUUUUCCAGGCAACUGGAACCACAAAUGGCGGGCCCAGCUCACCAGCCUGGGAAGCAGCAGUGGAGAACCUGGCUUCCUGCAGAGUAACACAAAGAGCCUUUGGCCAGCGGGAUCCCAGCCCCUUCAAGGGCAGAAGAAA